GUUUUUUUUGUUUUGGUGGAGCUUUGGGGGUCUUUGGGGCACGGUGGGGCCGGGAGGGGUGAUGGCAAAGCCGUGGGGAUGCUGCGGCGUUCUGAGCCUCACCACCACCUGAAUCUCCCCUCCUGUGGGGCCAGAGGGGCAGCCAUGGGCAAUGAUUUACCAGCCCCUGCCCCCGCCCACAGACCUUUGAGCCGGCCCGGCGCUGCUCCGUGUGGUGAUGCUGUCCCUGGGGUCCUGGCUGCCCGCGUGGCCGGGGCUGGCGUGGGGCUGGGCGCUGCUGGAUGCACUGCUGCGAGCAACCCGGCACGGCAGGACCUGCGGGUGGCCCUCGGGGCGCAGCGGUGGGUGCUGGAGCCGCUGCACGUGCUGGUGCUGACGGGCAUCCUGGCGCUGGUGGGCUCCCGCGUGGCCGCGCUGGUGGUGCUGGAAUUCUCCCUGCGUGCCAUCUCCACCCUCCUCUCCCUCAGCAAGGGUGCCCACAGCAUCCAGCUGCUCGUGCUGUGCCAGUUCUCACUGGGCUGCGGGAUGUCCUGCGGCCUCAGCUUCCUGCUGGAGGGAGCUCCCCAUGAGACCUGCAACCUGGCGCUGGCGGCGGGGCUGGCGGGGCUGCUGGCCGUGCACGCCCGCCGCUUGGCUCUACACACCUGCACCCUGUAUGAGCUGCACAGCCAGGCGCAGUACUGCGGUGUCUGCAUGCUGCUGCUCACCUCUGGGCACGGCGUGCCCCGGCUGCUGCGCAGGGCGCUGGCCGUCACCUUCGUCGUGGCUGACCUGGCUGCCAUUGCACUCAUCAAUCGUGAUUUCCUCUCAACGGCGGAGGCCGUCCGCUUCUGGACACCACUCACUAUCUGCUACACACUGCUUGUCAUCUAUAUGCAAGAGGAGCAGCAGUCAGGCACGGGCAGGCAGUCGGCCUACCAGACAGUGCUGGUGCGCAUGGGAGGCCUCUUCAUCCUCCUCCUCACUGUGGGCCGCUGGACAGACAUACUCCACAUCUUCCUCUCGCUGCUGGGUGAGCUGUGGUGCCUGCUCCGUACUGGCGUCCUGCUGGAAGCGUGCCGGCAGCAGGAUUUCUCCCAGCAGCAUCGAGCGACAUCAGGAUUGUCCUGAGGUGUAAGCAGGGAUGAGGAACUUGGAGCAGCUCCCUAAAUCCUCCCCAUUGUGCUGGACAGCCGCUAUGGGGACACGGGGAUGCAGGGGAAGGGGCUCCUGGAAGGUGCUGGAUCCCAUCCCGUUGGAUACAUGGAUGCUUGCACAGCCCUUGGCUUUUGAGGCCCCCCCCCAUGGUUGUGAUUGGGCUGGGGGUCAUCUUCCUCAUCCUGCUGUGGGAUGUGGGAUGCAGAUGGAUGCCCCCAUCCUCAGGGACUGCCAGACUGCACCACCGAGGUGCAGGGACCUCUGGAGCUUUAUAAAUCAUGGAAAAUAAAGGUGUUAUAUUCCCAGGAAAUGCCUGGGCAAAGCAA